CCCCUCAAUCCAACACACACACCACCCCACCCCCAUAUUUGGACGGCGCAUACAUAGCUAAAAACGAAGUACAGUGCAACGCCAUAAUUCACUAAUACAUCAUAAAUCGUUGAAAGUACUCGCGUUAUAACGACCAAGAGAAAUCCAACAAAUCAAGCGCCCCUUAGCACUCAGCUGUAAGCCUGCAACUCUCUAAAACAACCUAAAUGAGCUCUUACUUUGUAAACUCGUUCUCGGGGCGCUACCCAAAUGGCCCCGACUAUCAACUGCUAAAUUAUGGAGCCGGCAGCGGCGCAAUGAACGGCGGGACGUACAGGGACUCUUCCUCCACCAACAUGCACCAUGCACCGGGCUCUUACGGCUACAGCUACAAUGGCAUGGACCUGACCGUCACCAACCGGGGAGGGGGGAGCAGCGGUGGCUCCGCCAGCACCGGAGGACACUUCGGGGACUCCCGGGGCUUCGGCUCCCCGGCCCCGGAGACAGGCUUCAGGCAGCAGUCCAGCUGCUCCCUCGCUUCCGCGGGAGAAUCCCUCCUGUCACCCGGCAGUGGAGACAACAAACUCGGCGCCAGGAGCUCGUCUCCCCAUUCGGAGCAACCAGGAAGCGGAAUUUUGAGCUCUCCAAACCUGUCCUCCACAUCCUCCUCCUCCGGUGGCGGCGGCGGCGGCACGGCGCAGCAAUUCACGGAGCUGGACGACGCUUCAGAGACCGACGAGCUGCAGCCCGGCCACGGCAACCCGCCACCCAGGAGCGGGCAGAGGCAGGAGGGCGGCCCGGGGGGAGCAGCCGCUGGCAGCACGGCAGGCAGCGAGGCGCCUCCGCAAAUAUUCCCCUGGAUGAGAAAGCUGCACAUAAACCAUGAUAUGACAGGCCCGGACGGGAAACGAGCGCGGACGGCGUACACGCGCUACCAGACGCUCGAGCUGGAGAAGGAGUUCCACUUCAACCGGUACCUCACGCGGCGGCGACGCAUCGAGAUCGCGCACGCGCUCUGCCUCACGGAGCGGCAGAUCAAGAUCUGGUUCCAGAACCGGAGGAUGAAAUGGAAGAAGGACAACAAACUGAAAAGCAUGAGCCUCGCCACCGCGGGCAGCGCCUUCCAACCGUAGAACUGAAGCCAUCAAAAAUCCACACAACCAGGGAAAAGAAGGACAGCAGGAAAACAGACAGAAAGUUGAAGAAAAAAAUCACAAGAAUCCAUGGUGCGGAAGAUGAAGAAACGUGUACAAACAGAUUCCAAAUCUAGAUUUUAAAAACACUUCCUCACAUUAACUUAGUACUGUACAGCAGCGCAGCACUUUUUAUUUCUCCGGCAUGUCGGUCUUUGAUGUUUUAACGCGUAAACAUGACUGUGGUACUUGUAAAAAAACAAAACACAAACGUAGUGUUCCUGUAUGUUGUCGUUUAUAAAAUCUGUCCGGAGCAGAGGAGUCGAGAUAAGGAAAGGAUGAAGGAUGCUACCUAAUUUCUACUUACGUCCUACCUUACAACCUUGCUACCUACCUGUUGUUUAAUGUCUGAAUAUCGUUUUAUGUGUGAUGUUUAAUAUUUGAAAAUGUGCUUCCUAGAGAUGUUAGCAUGUGAGCUCUUAUUGUAAGUUGUUUACAGUCAAUAGCGUGUGUAUAGCAUUUAGUUUGAGUCUCUGUCAGUGAGUGCUCCUAUUUUUACGAAGCAAUGUGUGUGUGUGUGUGUGUGUGUGUGUGUG